CAAACGGAACCCCCUGGAGUUAGAGAGCGGCACAAAGCGCUGAGAUGGUUGGAGCACGGCAAGGCUGGGGUGAUCGGAACUGUUCGUGAGUAAUAGGAAUGCACGACUUAAAACAUUCCCUCAUUUCGGCCCUUCGGAUGUUAACAAGUUAGAACACAUCAAUACAUAAAUCAACAUAGUUACACAGGGUGUGAAUCCCAGGAUCUCAACCCAGUUAAACCUCCAGCAUUAAGAGUCACUGAAGCCUUGGUGACGUUCCUGUAUUUGUACCUAAAGCAACACUCACAAUAAAACUGGCAGAACUGUCUAUCAGGAAACUUCUUUUGCGUGUGUGAUGGGCCUGAGUCCUGUGUUAUAUUGUAUGCCAUUGAGGGCUGAAAAUCGAUCCCAAUUUAACAAAAUAAAACUUAAGAAGCACAGGUACCUGAUUGCAUUGAUCAUCACUCUGAUGGUGGCUGGUGUUGUAAUACUGGUGACAAUAUCUGUGGUACAAAACAAGUCACUGCCAAAGAAACUGAAGUAUGGAAUAGUGCUUGAUGCUGGUUCCUCUCACACUGCAUUGUACAUCUACUCCUGGCCAGCUGAGAAGUUGAAUGACACUGGUAUAGUCACGGAGGUGGAUUCCUGCAAAGUGAAAGGACCAGGCAUUUCCAGUUAUUGGAAUGAUAUUAAGCAGGCCGGUCUCUCCCUGAAAAUGUGCCUCGAAAAGGCUAAAGAACGAAUUCCUGAAAAACAACAGCACGUGACCCCAGUGUAUCUUGGAGCAACAGCUGGCAUGCGCUUACUGAGGUUACAGGACCAAUUUCUGGCCGAGAAACUUAUGAAUUCAGUGGAAGAGUUCAUUAAGACUUAUCCAUUCAAUUUCCAAGGGGUGAAAAUUAUAACUGGACAAGAAGAGGGAGUGUUUGGAUGGAUCACCGUCAAUUAUUUAAAGGAAAACAUCGGGAAGGACAAUGUAGGAGGAAACCCUGAAACACUGGGGGCACUGGACCUGGGCGGUGCCUCCACACAGAUCACAUUUGUUCCUGAUGGGAAGAUUGAAUCCGAGGAAAGUGCUCUGCACAUCCGUCUGUAUGGGAAGAGUUACAACAUAUAUACACACAGCUACCUAUGUUACGGAAAGGAUCAGGCCCUGAAACUGCUGCUGGAAAAACUGAAUGCGUCUGAUGAUGGAACUGUUUUGAACCCCUGUUUUAACAAAGGGUACACAAGAACCAUCAAUGUGACUGCAUUCUUUGACAGUCCAUGCACAUCUAUACAGCACAGUACAACUCACCAAAUAGUGACGGUCAUUGGGACAGGGAGCCCUGACCAAUGCAGUCACGACAUCAGAAGUAUCUUUAAUUUCAGUGUUUGUACCUGGAGCAGCUGUUCAUUUGAUGGGGUUUACCAGCCCAAGGUCCAUGGGAAAUUUGGAGCAUUCUCUGCGUAUUAUUUUGUGAUGGAUUUUUUUAAUCUUACAAAUGAAAAGCCUUAUGAUUUGUCCACAGUAAAGCAUACAGUGAUGGAGUUCUGUUCGAAGCCAUGGGGUGAGGUUAGAAAUUCAUUCUCGAUUAAUGAAAAAUAUCUGAGCGAAAACUGCUUCGCUGGACAAUACAUCCUCAGCCUCCUGCAGAAUGGUUACAAUUUUACGUCCAGUAAUUGGGAAACAAUCAACUUUUUGAGAAAGAUUAAAGGAACCAGUGCUGGUUGGACACUUGGAUACAUGAUGAAUCUUACAAAUAUGAUACCUGCAGAACCUCCUUAUACCAAACCCCUCACCAAUGCCUCAUAUUUAACAGCCGUGAUCAUCAUCUCCAUCUUCCUCUUCUUUCUGCUAGUCACUGGAUUUCUUAUUUUUAGGAAGAAAGUUUUCAAAACACAAAAUAAGCCAUAAUGAUUUUUACAAUUGGAUGCUCAUACCAAAGCUCUAACCAUAAACUUCUCAAAACCAUUCAGAUAAAGCAACCAACUAUCUAGCCAAAAACCUGAGCUGGAAUUUUAUUCUUUGUUGACCAAAUGGCCACAUUUUGCCAUGGAAAUUGUUAUGGCAUGCCUUCCAUCAUCUUCAGGUUGACUCCAAAUACCAGCAGUACACAGUGACAACAGUGUGUACCAUCUACAAGAUGCACUGAAGCAAAUCACCAAGACUCCUUCAACAACACCUUCCAAACCUGUAACCCCUAUCAUUUGGAAGGACAAGGACACCAGCUAGAUGGGAACUUCACCAUCUAAGAUGCUCCUCUCCUAGCCAUAUGCCAUCCCAACUUGAAACUAUAUUAUCAUUUUUUCAGUAUUGCUGGGUAAAAAUCUUGGAACUCACUGCUUAACAGCACUAUGUCCCUUCACCCCAAGGCCUGCAGUGGUUCAAGAAAGCAACUCCCUACCACCUUUGGCAGGCUAAUUCAGAAUGGGUAAUAAAUACUGACCUAGCCAAAACACCUACGUGCUGUUAAAAAUGUAUGAAAUUAUUUAACAAAAUAAAUUGACUUGUUUCCAAUUUGGCUAUAUUCUCUCCAGCAGGCCUGGGCAGUGGAGUUUCCUUGGGAUUGUUUAAGACUUACUGGAUGAGCAAUCAUUCCUAAUUCCAGCAGUGAGUUCUCUCAAUAUUGUAGUAUUGAAAUGACCAGGUAUCUACUCAUUAAGUACGCCCAACGCCUGAACUGGAAUUUUAUUCUUUGUUGACCAAAUGGCUAAAUUUUGCUAUGGAAAUUGUUAUUACGUAACAAUCAUGUGGCAAAUUCUAGCACUCAAACAUGUGAAGUUAAUUGUGAAAAUAAGGAACUUGCUGCCUAACAUGCCCUAUUCUUUUAUAAGUUGCUUUACACUGAUAUCUUACUGACCAACCUCUCAUUCAAAUACAAAUGCAUGCAGUUAUUGUACUUACCUGAUACAUCUAUGUUAAACUCACCAGAAAAAGUCCAACUUUAUUGGAAUGAUAAAUCUUAAUUACUAGCAAAUAACCCCUUUGGUUAUGAAAAUUAACUUUUACAAGCAAGGAGUCAUUCUUUCAGACUUUCAUUACUGGAGGUACAAAAUAUUUAAUCUUUCUUUCCUUCUCUUUAAAUCAGCUACAACAAACAAAUAAUAUUGAAUUUGUGUUUCUAACUUACACUUCAUGAUAUAAAAUCUGUACUGAUUGUUAACAAUUCUUCAGUCUGAGUUGUUUGGAGACUCAUGUCCUUUGUUCACGUAGAAAUUUCAGAUCUUGUGGAGAGGGGGCUUUGUUUGGUCAGAUGUUCACUACAGCAAUGUCUGAUGCCAAAGCCCAUAUGAAGUCUGUUAGUAAGAUAACAGACUGGCAAGACUUGUUCAUCACCUACCAUUGAUUUCAACCAACUGUGUCUGCACACAUCUGACACACUUCCCAGUUUUUGUUGAUACAAUGUGGCUUGCAGUGGUCAUAACCCCAGUUCAGUGUCAAUCUGCACAAGGUAGCACUUACCACAGGGAAUUGUGUGCAGCAAAAGCAGCUGGACUGACAAUGCCACUGAGGCAGUGUUACAGUAUAUGUGAUAUCAAUUGCUACAUAGCAUUAGACAGGCUGACAUAAUGUGGAAUUUGCCCAACAAGUGCCAACAAAUCAGCACUUACCCUAUCACUCAUCCUGUAAUGUAGUCAACCUCUCUCUCACAUUCACGAGUACCAACAUCUUGGGAGUUAUGAUUGACCAGAAACUAAGCUAAACCAGAAAUUUGUACACCACCACAGCAGAGCAGAGGCUGAGAAUUCAGUGGCAGGUAACUCAUGUCCUGGAUCACUAAUGCUUGUUCACCAUCUACAAGGCACAUGUUGGGUCUGUGAAGAACUGCUCUCCACUUGCCUCGAUAAGUGCAGCUUCAAAAACAGUCAAGAAGCUCAACAUCAUCCAGAUCAAAGCUUCUAUUUGAUUGGCACCCAAUCCACUAACUUCCAUUUCAUUCCCUUCACCACCAAUAAAUAGUCAAAGCAGUAUGUAACAUCUACAAGAUGUACUGCAACUGCUCAUUGAGCCACUUUCAAUCCCACCUUCCAAUCUUGCAAAUCAUAUCAUCUAGAAGGACAAGGGCAACAGAUAUCUACGAGAACUAGCACCUGCAAGUUAUCCUCCAAGCCUACUCCAUCUUGACUUAGAAAUAUAUCACUGUCUAUUCACUGUCACUGGAUCAAAAUGCUGGAACUCCCUUCCUAAUAUGUGUUCCUAUACCCACAAAGACUGCAGUUCGUCACCAUAUUCUCAAGGGCAAUUACAGAUUGGCAAUAAAUGCUGGCCUACCUAGAGAUGCCUACAUUCUGUAAUUGAAUAAAAAGCAUGCUUGCAUCCUCUACACAAAGCUGAUCUGAAUCUGUUCUCCUUCAUGGUCUCUCACACUCUUCCCAUUACAAUUCACUGGAUAAUGGUUUCUGCAUACGAUGUGACUAAGGUCUCUGGUCUGAUCCUGGGUCAUGGAGAGUAAUUGGAUCACUGUGAAUAUGGCCUUGGCUGAUAUAGGUAAUUCAACAUACAAAAGACAUCUAAUUAGCCCAUCAAGCCAUGCUUGUACACAUUUCAUAAUUUGGAAAGGAUCAAAAUUUGCACAGUCACAGCUUAAGGGGAACAAUGCUCUCAUAGUCCUCAGUAUCAAAAUGACUGUUAUCCAAAUCAUAAAUUCUGCAACAAAUGUAAACCUUCCCUUUUUGUCCUUCUUCACCUGCCUGUGAAAUACUGAUGACACCAUCCUCUUCCAACGCAUCUCCAUUUUAAAAGCCAUAGAGUUGAUAGGCCAAGUGUAGACCAUUCGGCAGAUCUAGUCUGUUUCACUUUCCUACCUUAACUGUUGACUCCUUGCUGAUUAAAAAUCUGUCUUUCUCAGCCUUGAUUGCACUUAGCAAUCCAGUCUUGAGAACCCUCUGCUGUAACAAAAUUUCUACAGAUUCAUUACCCUCUGACAGAAGAAAUUCCUCCUCCUCCUUGUCUUAAAUGAGUGAUUCCCCUAACUCUGAGAUUAUAAUCUCUGCCCUAGACUCUCCGGAAAGACUGAAAAGAAUUCUCUCACUUACCCUGUCAAGCCCCCGAAGAAUCUUACAUGUUAAAAUAAGGUCUCAUUUUUCUAAACUCCAAUGAGUACAAGUCCAACCUAUACAACUUAUCCUCAUAAGAAAAUCCCUCCAUACGCAGGAUUGACCUAGUGAACCUUCUCUGGAAUGCCUCCAAUGCCAGUAUCUUUCUUUAGGUAAGGGGAUCAAAACUGUUCACACUAUUCCAGGCAUGGUCUAUCAGAUAUUUUCUAAUCAACCUGUUCAGAGAUGUUACUUCACAUCUCUGAAACAGGUGGGACUUGAACCUGAGCCUCUGGGUUCAGAGAUGUGAACACUACCACAACAAGAGUCCUAUCAGAUAUGGUCUGUUAUUAAGCUGGGUGGGACUGGUCUCACCAGGUUCUAUUCUUAACUAAUAAUAGCUAGAAAAUCACCUGUAAUGGCUUCUCGUCCUGCUCCCACACUUCUACUUGAAGAAUUGAUCUUUGAUCUCACUAUUUAUUUUCCACAUUCUUCCCCAUUGUUACAUAAUCCAAAAGCAGUUGUGCAGUAAUGACCCUGAGCUUGACCUUAGCCCUCCAGACUCCUCCACUAUUGCUUAGCCUCCAUCCAGUACUCAUGGAACAGAAAUUUCCUCAAAUUAAAGACUGGGAACACUAAACCAAUUGUUUUCUAUCCCCAUUCCAAACUGGAUUAACUCCAUCCCUUUCACUGGUAACAGGGAAAGAUUAAGUCUGAGAUUGAUGCAGUACAUUCUCAACAUUUGCACCGUAUUUGAGCCUGCAAUGAUGAGCUUCUGAUUUAAUAUUUGUGCUAUCACUAAGACAGCCUAUUUCUACUACAACAUAGUGUCUUCAUUGCUUCUCAGUUCCUUUGCUGAUGAAAAUUUCAUUUACAUCUUUGUCAACACUGCGCUCAAUUUUUGAAUUCACUCCAUGAUGGUCUCCCACAUUCUAUGAUCCAUGAAAUUAAGGCUAUCCAGAACAACGACACCUAUGUGUUAACUGGAGCAACUCCUGUUACCCAGUAUUCCAACUUCUGGUCAAACAAUGUUUUGACUUUAAAAUUGUUUGUCUUAUUUUCAAAUCUGUUCAGAGCCUUUCAAUCUCCUAUACCUGAAAGUUCUAGCAACCACAACCUUCUUAGAUACCAGCACUCUAACUCUGCCUGCUUUUGUCCCAUAUUUUAAAUGCUUCACCAUAGGCAGCUGUACCUUUGGUUUCCCUUUGGCGCCACGCUCUGGAAUUCAUUCCUUUUUUGAGAAGUUCCAAGAUUGCUAAAUAGAUAAAUCUGAGGUGGCCCACAGAGUCUUGUGGCAAAAAAAGCACCCAGUAGAUAGCUUGAAGGUAUUGAGAAGAUAAUCAGUACAAUGAACUGAGUCCAGAAGAAAUGAAUGAAAGAUUUACCUCCAAGAAUAACUGGAAUUGAGGACAAUUAAAGUAAUUUUCAGAGAACAGUGGUAUCCGUACGGAAGAUCAUGACAGAAUUAAAUACUUACGUUUAUUUAUCUAAAGCAGAAAGGCUUAGGGGUAGUAAGGAGUGAAAAGUGUAUAACAAAUAUAGUUAUGACAGUAAGUAAAACAAAAAAUGCUGGAGAAGCUCAGUGUGUCUGGGAGUAUCUGUGAGAGAAAUAACACAGUGUUGAUGAAUUAUAUGACUUCUUGAGAAUGUACUGUCAUAUUGGACUCAAAAUGUUAACUCUGUUUCUCUACCAGAGAUAAUACUGGACAUUCUGCAUUUCUCUAAUUUCUCUUGUUUUAAAUGGCCAGUGUUUGUAGUAUUUUGCUUUCAUUAUAGUUAUAUUAGUGU